CCUGGCCCGGCUGCGGUGGAUGUUGCUAGAACCCACGCGGAGGAAGGAAGAGACGCAGGCAGGCUGCGGUGACCCAAGCGUCUGCUCCUGCCUCAGGGACCCCUUCCCCGAGAGACGGCACCAUGACCCAGGGCAAGCUCUCUGUGGCUAACAAGGCCCCCAGCAGCGAGGGGCAGCAGCAGGCAAAUGGCGAGAAGAAGGAGGCUCCAGCAGUGCCCUCGGCCCCGCCCUCGUACGAAGAGGCCACCUCUGGGGAGGGGCUGAAGGCAGGGGCCUUCCCCUCGGCCCCUCCAGCUGUGCCUCUCCACCCCAGCUGGGCCUAUGUGGACCCUAGCAGCAGCUCCAGCUAUGACAGCGGUUUCCCCACCGGAGACCAUGAGCUCUUCACAACCUUCAGUUGGGAUGACCAGAAAGUUCGCCGAGUCUUCAUCCGAAAGGUCUAUACUAUCCUGCUGAUCCAGCUGCUGGUGACCUUGGGGAUCGUGGCUCUCUUUACCUUCUGUGACCCCGUGAAGGACUAUGUCCAGGCUAACCCAGGCUGGUACUGGGCAUCCUACGCUGUAUUCUUUGCGACCUACCUGACCCUGGCCUGCUGUUCUGGACCCAGGAGGCACUUCCCCUGGAACCUGAUUCUCCUGACCAUCUUUACCCUGUCCAUGGCCUACCUCACUGGGAUGUUGUCCAGCUACUACAACACCACCUCCGUGCUGCUGUGCCUGGGCAUCACGGCCCUCGUCUGUCUCUCCGUCACUGUCUUCAGCUUCCAGACCAAGUUUGACUUCACCUCCUGCCAGGGUGCGCUCUUUGUACUGCUCAUGACUCUCUUCUUCAGUGGACUCAUCUUGGCCAUCCUCCUGCCCUUUCAAUAUGUGCCCUGGCUCCACGCAGUGUAUGCAGUGCUGGGAGCAGGCGUGUUUACGUUGUUCCUGGCGUUUGACACUCAGUUGCUGAUGGGAAACCGACGGCACUCACUGAGCCCCGAGGAGUAUAUUUUUGGAGCCCUCAGCAUUUACCUAGACAUCAUCUACAUCUUCACCUUCUUCCUGCAGCUUUUCGGCACCAACCGGGAAUGAGGAGCCCUUCCUGCCGCCCUUUCCUUCAGCGAAUGCUCCCUUGCUGGUCCUCUGACCCUGCCUUGCUCCUGUAAGCCCAGAUAUAAACUAGCCGCCAGCCCAGCCUGUGGCCAGCCCGCUCACUCCCUCAGCCGUCCCUCAUCCUCACCCUCUGUAGCUUGUACCCGUGCCAUCAGGGGCCCUGUGGAACUGAGGUCACGCCAUGCCCUGUGCCACCCCUUCCCCCCAGUCACACCUCCCAAACUGGGACAGUCAAGGCUAGAGGGUCCUUUGGGUUUGAGGACCCAAGGUAUGAGUGGGAGGAGAUCAGCAGGAUUUUUCGUGUGGGGAAGAGACCCCGGGAAGCCUGGCUGAGGCCUGGACCCCCCUCAAGAUUCCUCCUAAGGCUGCCACAGCUGUGUGGCCCUGGGGCACACUGUCCUGUGUCCAGUGCCCCCUCCUCUCGUUCCUUGUAGGUCAAGCUUUGUACGGAAUGGGGCUGGAGACGGCUGGGAAAUGAGCGAGGGUGCUCUGCAGGGUGGCUGUCCCAUGCUGGCCAUCUCUCAGCUCUGGGACUAAUGGCUUGUUUUAGGGACUGGAGCCCUGGUGCCAGGAACACCUAGAGAGACGUAGGAAGGCAGUGCCAUCUACCCUCCUGGGUCAUGACAGAGCACUGUUGAGGCAGGAGGGCUCCCAAGCAGGGGCCUGCCCUGGGGCUCCGAGGGAGUGAGCACAGGGCAGCCAACUGGGAGGCCUGGGCUCCGCAGCACCACCAGUUCUCCCCGACCUGCAGCCACCUGCUAGGCCUGUGGGGUUGGCGGGACGGAGCCUAUUCCUCUCACCCUCUUCUUUAGCCCCACAGGAUACUCCCACAGCCUGAGGCUGAGCGCCAGUGCCCUAGGCCUGGAUGUUCUGGGGGGGGAGCGUUACUCUAACUGAGCCAGCCCCAUCUGGAGGGAAUCCUACCCUGCCCCCAACCCUGCCCCGACCCUGCCCCAAGGCCUUUCUGCACAUCUUAUUUCUUAAACCCUUCCCCAUCUAUUGCCAUUUGCUGGCUUAUCCCUAGCCAGGCCUCCUGAGGCCUCAGUUGGCUGUGCCUGUGUCCCUUUCCCUAGCUUCUCUGGCCACUCAGCACGCGGAGUCCCUAAGCCCCCUCCAUUCCUUAUCUCCUCAUCUCUCUAAUUUGGAAGCUAUCCAGCCAGAGCCAGUCCCUUCAGCUGGCCCCAUGUGAUGAGGCCAGGUCUCCUUAUCAGCCUCUAGGCGGCUGAGAUCUCAGGCAGGGGGCCACGCCUGGGGGAAGCGUGCAGCCAGUGCAGCCAGCACGUGCUAGCAGCCAACUCCCAGCCAGUGGAAAGUUACUGGGUGGGGUCAGGGAGGUUCAGAGUAUAUUCCUCUCUGUCCGGAUACCUCUCUUACUCCUGUGUUGGGGGACCUGUUUACUUGGGGGGAUGGUGACUAGGUAUGCUGUCUGUGUUCCCAACCCCUCCCUUCCCAACCUUCCUGUUUUCAUCUUUCAAGAAAUAUUGCACACACUCUGUCCUGGGAGCUCAGUUGGUUAGAGUGUUGUCCCAAUACACCAGGGUUGCAGGUUUGAUCCCCAGUCAGGGCACAUACAAGAAUCAACCAAUGAAUGCAUAAAUAAGUGGAACAACAAAUCAAUGUUUCUCUUUGACUCUCUGUCUCUCUCUCUCUUCCUUCUUCUUUCUCUCAAAUA